AUGAUACUGAGGAAAUCGAGAGGCAUCUAUGUCAAAAAGAUCAGUUUUGCUGUCUCCACUCCUUGUAAUGCGAAGGGGAAACCAUCAGGCUACCGAUUAGUGGAGUAUAGCGAUAAGGGACUUUCUAUACUCCCUCAUGAGAAAGAUGAUUUACGCUCUGACAUCGAUAUUAAUGUACAAGCUUUCUGCUAUUUGAAACCAAGAGAUAGAACUAUUGUACCUUCUUAUGUGAAUGAAAGUUUAAUGGACUCGUCCGAUUACAUGGUUGUGGCCAAAUCAAGUGGAUUUGUCGAGAUAAUUCAGGAUUUCAAUUAUAAGUCACAAAAUGGUUUAACAUUGAGCCCUGAUUAUGUCCUUAAAUGUACUCCUGAAGGUUUUCCCGAAUUACGCUGUGACUCUAUGGUUGCAGGUCUCCAAUAUUUGGAAGGUUUGCUAUACUGCUGUAUGUGUUCCGGAAAGAUUUACGUAUAUGUGCUGAAUUUACCUCAUGAUUAUGUCCAAGCUGAGAGUUCAAUUGUUACAGGACAGCAUCCAGAGUUAUUCUAUCGCAAUCGAAAUCCAGAUUCUUCUCUUGGUCGAGAUUCUCGCUCUCUGGAAGAAGCCACAUUCUAUUUAAACAUGAGAUUUACUGGAAGAUCAAGGCUAAAACAUAUUUGCUAUUAUCUUCUCCCGAUGGAACCGGACCAUGUAAGCACUUCCCCUUCAGUGUUUGUAUUUGGCCAAUCUUAUAAGGACAGUUUCAUCUACAAGCCUUCAAUAUAUGUCGAACUGGAUCAAGGUUUAACAGUGUUUCGACUUAAUCCUCUAGACCGGCUUAGCUUUUUUACGGUAUCACCUCGCUCUGCACUAAUGAUCAGAAAGAUAAUGCUGCCAAUGGUGUACGUCGAUUUUUUUGUUUCAUUUGUCAGUAAGAAGAAGAUAUAUCAAGAGAUGAAGCCUGAAGAAAUUGUUUCGUGGGAUAAAGUUGCUCAAUCGAUGGGGUAUGAAUGUCUUACCACUUGGAUACAGCAAGAUCCUUUGCAUGAGCUUGAAAAUACGGGAUCAUUUGCAUGGGAAGAAUUGGCUAGGUACGCUGGCAUAUCGACUUUACGCACAAUUAUUGUAUGGAUUCAAAGGCAGGGACAUGAUAAGGACGAUAUAUCCAAGCUUUUCCGUCGAGACGAUGUACCGAAUGGUCGCGAAGGUGGUCCAAGCAGUACUUCAGAAUCAAGUCUACCCCGUAGGCUUAGAGCAGAUAUGGUGUUUAGAAGAUAUGAUUUGAGAGAACCUGUUGAUCUCCCUUGCUCAGGUAAUUGGAGAUUGGACUCGUUUGUACGAGGCAUCAGAAAGAAUACCUUUACAGUGGAUUUCAAAGUUGUACAGUCUUUCUCCUACCUAGCUCAGGAUGAUGUUCAACUUGAGGCCGUUGGAGAUGAACGUACUCGAACUUCGUUUUUAACGGACAGCUACAGACACAUGGAUAUAGUGUGCAUCGAUAGAUACCUAUCGCUGAGCGUAUUCCGACCAAGGUACGAUGAUGUUGCCUUGAUCAAGAUAGACACUUUUCAGGGUGAUCUUCCUCAUAAGCUUCCAUUUACAAAUGAAACGAUGGCGCUGCGAAGCGUUCUAAGUAAUUUCUCGUCAUUCAAGAAGCUAUUCAUGCUCACAGAUGCCCACUGUAUGGUUUUGGACACCCAUGGAGUUCUGCUGAUAGACCGUCUAGCCUUUGCUGAUACAAAGAACACGGAGGUUCCUACCCAUGCUAUUAAAGUAGCACCAUUUGACAUUGGUCUAAUAAGUGACGCCAUACUGGUUGUUACGCGAUUGGAUAUAUCGCCUUGUGACGCUGAAGUAGUAUAUCAAUUGAUCAUUACAUGCAUUCCGGGUCAGAUACUGGCACUUGAAGGGACUUUCUCGCAUAAUUCAAACAUUGGGAAGCUAGUUUGUAGUGAUUCCUUGAGACUCAAGAGAAAGGACAGGUUCGUUGAUCAAAUCUGUCUAAUAAACUACGAAUCGCAAGGUGCUGAAAGGAAGCGAAUCUCUGGAGAAGUAGAUUACCCAAUAAUUACGAAAAGGAGUCGAUGGGAAUAG